UGAAUUAUAAUAAAAACGAUUUGUUUAUUGGAAAUUUUGAUAAGCUAUGCAGAACAUGUUUAUCCAAAAAUAACAUAAAUUCAAUAUUCACCACGAUAAAGAACACUGAUGCUGAAGUUAAAAAUGUUUUGGAACAUUUUGAAAUAGAUGUGGAACAUACAGAAAACAUGCCUGAAACUAUUUGCGAAACUUGCUUAAAUAUCAUAACACAAUAUACUGAAUUCAAACGACAAGUGCAAAAGGUUAAUGUUUUAUUAAAAGAGUUACUGACAACAGAAGACAAUGUAAUUAAACAGGAGUUUGAACUUCAGGAAGACGCUAGCUCCUUAGAGAAUUUUAGCUUUGAAAAAUCUAAAAGUGUGUUCACAUGCAAUGUAUGUAAAACAAUCUUUUCCACCAACAGUGAGCUACAAGCACACAUAGAACAGGAAUUACACAACAACCAAUAUGAUUGCCCACAGUGUACGAAGUCCUUUCCCCAUCGAUCAAAGUUAUACAUCCAUCAACAGGAAUUUAAGCACUACAAAACCAAAAUCAGGCAAAGUAUAAAGUGCGAGUACUGCGAUAAAGACGUCGUGAAAAAGACGUACAAAAACCACCUGAGGGUGCACACACAAGAGAAGCCGUUCGCGUGCGAAAUUUGCGACCGAUCGUUCAGUUUAAAAAGGAAUUUGAAGAGGCACAUAAUGACGCACACCGGUGAGAAGCCUUUCGUUUGUAAUAUAUGUAACAAAGGUUUUAUACAAGCGGUGUCGCUGAAGGAGCACAUAAAAAAGCACGGACCGAAGCUGGAAACGGCGGAGAAGAAGUGGAUCUGCGACGAGUGCGGCAGGACGUUCCAGCGACACGUGCACUACAUGCGUCACCUGAGGUCGCACGCCGGGGACGAGAAGCCCGCUGCGGAGGUGCGCAGCCCGGAGUUGAUUUGCAACGAGUGCGGACGCGGGUACGCGUCGCUGGCGUCGCUGCGGGUGCACCACCUGUCGCACGGCACCAAGGGCUACCUGUGCGACGACUGCGGCAAGGGGUUCGCCACCAAGACGAUGCUGAAGAGUCACCUGAGGACGCACACGAAGGAGCGGCCGUACAAGUGCGUGACGUGCGACAAGGCGUUCUCGCACUCGCAUACGUUGGCGUCGCACAUAGCCAUCCACAAGAACCAGAAGCCGUACGGGUGCAAGGUGUGCGACAAGUCGUUCAGACAGGCGUCGCACUUGAAGCAGCACCUGCGGCUGCACAACGGCGAAAAGCCCUACGAUUGUCCGUAUUGUGGGAAAUGUUUCACUGUCAAGGGGAACUUGGUGGUGCAUAUACGUUUGCACACGGGGGAAACCCCGUACAAAUGUACCGUCUGCGAUAAAGGGUUUCACGAUUCCAGUAGUUUGAAAAAGCAUGUUAAAAGACAUGAAGAUAAGAAUGAUUUUUCGUUUUCAGAUGUAAAAACUGGCGAUGUGACGGACGGUUCAAUUUUAUAAAUUUAAUUAUCCCUACAGCAUAUUCACACAACACUCACUCCGUACCUAGUUUGAAUGGAGUAUAUAUUAUUAAUGUGUUUUUAUAGGUUGUAGACUUAUCUACAUUUUUCUCAAAUGAAACAAAAAUAUUGUAAUGCAAUAUUCAAUAAAAAUUGUGUAUUUUCGUUGAACAUUUAAUGAUCAUUUAAUUUAUUUUUUUUAAACUAUUCAAAAUACAGCGAAUUGUAUUUAUAUCAAUUAAAUUAUUUAUUUAAUUGUGUUUUAAUUGGAGCGAAUAAAUGAUACCUCUUUUGCU